CGGCUCGGCCCGGGAUUGGCUGACACUCGCUACAAAACCCAACUGCAACUAGGCUCGCAAACACUGUGAGAAAAUCCGCGCAGCUUCCUCCUCCUCCUCCUCUUCAUCAGCUCGUCGCUCGUGUUUGGUUGUUUACUGGCGAGGCUCCUGCGGACGUCGAUUAUUCCACAAGCUGAAUUUCUCAAUUUGCACUGGAGGACGCGCACUUCCCGCCACUCACGCGCACGACUCUAAACGGCUCUCGUUCUGGACCAGGACCCCGGUGUGAGCAGAACCACGCAGUGGACCGAGAGGAAGCAGCGUCCGAGUCCACAUCCGGGUCUCCGCCACUUGUCAAGAUUUUCUCCAACUUCAGCCCCCAGACCAACAUUAGCAUGAUGUCGUAUCUAAAGCAACCACCUUACACCGUCAACGGCCUCAGCCUCACCACUUCCGGCAUGGACCUGCUGCACCCCUCCGUGGGCUACCCAGGUGGGUCACGUGAAGGCGCGCGCGCCCCGCGCCGCCUCACCGGGAGGCGCGCUCGGUUGUUCACCUGGUGUUUUGUGUCCUCAGCGACGCCGCGGAAACAGCGGCGGGAGCGCACGACCUUCACGCGCGCGCAGCUCGACGUGCUGGAGGCGCUCUUCGCCAAAACGCGCUACCCGGACAUUUUCAUGCGCGAGGAGGUGGCGCUCAAGAUCAACCUGCCGGAGUCCAGAGUCCAGGUGUGGUUCAAGAACCGCCGGGCCAAGUGUCGCCAGCAGCAGCAGCAGCAGCAGAACGGGGGUCAGAACAAGGUUCGGCCCGCUAAGAAGAAGAGCUCCCCGGCCCGGGAGGUGAGCUCGGAGAGCGGCGCCAGCGGCCAGUUCACGCCCCCCACCAGCACCACCAGCGUCCCCGCCAUCUCCACCAGCACCGCGCCAGUGUCCAUCUGGAGUCCGGCCUCCAUCUCCCCGCUGUCGGACCCGCUGUCCACCUCCUCGUCCUGCAUGCAGCGCUCCUACCCGAUGACCUACACGCAGGCCUCCGGCUACAGCCAGAGCUACGCGGGCUCCACCUCCUACUUCAGCGGCAUGGACUGCGGCUCCUACCUGACCCCCAUGCACCACCAGCUGUCCGGGCCCGGCUCGACGCUGAGUCCGAUGAGCACGAACGCGGUGACGGGCCACCUGAACCAGAACCCGGCGUCGCUCUCCACGCAGGGCUACGGCACCGCCGGCCUGGGCUUCAACUCGGCGGCGGACUGCUUGGAUUACAAGGAGCAGGCGGCCUCCUGGAAGCUCAACUUUAACGCGGAUUGUUUGGAUUAUAAGGAUCAAACUUCCUCGUGGAAAUUCCAAGUGCUGUGAAGAGACAGACGCGGACACGGACCUCAGUUUUCUGCUCCUUUUGAAACAAUAAAAAAAGAGGAGGUUUAAUUUAUUGUAGCGUGGACUCACCUGUCGAGCUCCCGGACUCUGGUUCCGCUCGAGGGAGGACGGAUGCACUACUUUAUUUAAGACAAAGUGUUUAUAAAGAAUCAAUAUGUAGUUUCUAAGAGACAAUCAGUGUGUGUCUAUCGAUGGUGUGUUUUCUUUUUGGGUAACACUUUAAAAUAAAGGUCCCUUUAUUCAUGUU